AUGAAAACCAUUGGAAUCAUCGGUGGCCUCGCAUGGCCCAGCACGAUCACAUACUACCAAAACAUCAACCGUCUUAUCUCAGAGAAACUUGGACCCCUUCACUGCGCAAAGCUUAUCAUCGUCCAGAUCAACUUUGAUCAGAUCACGAAAUGGAUAAACAGCGAGCAAUGGGAGAAAGUGGCGGAAGCUCUUCUUUCACUUGCUCGGCAGUUAGAGCGCGGUGGGGCGGAUUUUAUAGUAGUCGCUUGUAAUACGGUGCACAAGGUGGUCCCGGCGAUUCAGGACCAGAUUCCACUGCCAAUAUUGCAUAUUGUCGAUGCUGCGUCUGGGAAGAUACGGGAGCUAGGUUUCAGCCGGGUCGGGCUAAUCGGGAGUGCACUUACUAUGACCGACGAUUACUUUGCUGGACGCCUUGCGAAAUACCAGAUUGAGGCUCUGCUCCCUAGUGAGGGCGAUCAAAAGAUGAUUCAUCAUGCAUUGGAAACUGAAUUGGCACCUGGUAUCUUUUUGCCGGAGACACGGGCAAGGUUUAAAGAGGCCAUUGGUCGGUUGAUUGAGCGAGGAGCCGAAGCUAUUGUUCUUGGUUGUACCGAAUUUGGGAAGCUGGUGCAGGCUGAUGACAGCAGUGUUCCGCUGAUAGACACGGCGAAGGUGCACUCAGAAAUGGCGGCGAAGAUGGCUCUUUCCUAG